CAGCUCCUGAGUCGAUAGUCAUCCUGAUAGAUACAGCACUUCGGCUCGCCAUAACAAAUUUACCUCCAAAAGCACUCUCAGGAAUGAAGAUUACAGAAAGGUCAUCUUUCAAGCAUCUUGGAGACAUCUGCCCUGCUAUGUGGAGCCCGGGACAUCUAGAGGCCAUCGCUUCACGGACAAUCUUCUUACCUACCAUCAGCCACGCCAUCUCCAAUUCUGUUCAGCAACGUGCACGCUCUUUCUCACUGCGGGAGAAGCUCAAAGAGGUUGCUCGGCAGGAGACGACCACUACUACAUCAGACAGCCCAACAGCCGUUCAAAAGGCCGUAAGUAUCAGGCUUUGGCGUCUUAUGCAACGUCGUCUUCGUGAUCCAUCUGCAGGCAAGGGUCUCAAAUCUAUUCGGAUCAGCGAUACAACAUUACCAAUAUCUGAACCAGAUGACGAGUACGAGAACGUAUUAGACAUUCAGCAUGAGCUUGACACACUCGUCGAUUGGCAGGCCAACGGCUGUCUAGAUUUGGGCGAUAUGGACGCUGAUGAUGACAAUGAUGAUGACUUGCUCGAUGUGGAGUACGAUGAUGAAUGGGAGGAUCUCUUCACAGACACCGAAGUGGAUGCAGAUCUCCUGGAUGAUGAAAUGCUAGACCGUUUCAGUGAUCAGACGUCUGGUGAUCUCUGUCAAGAUCUCGCCGACGAUUUGGAAGAGAUGUUGCAUCUCGACGCGGCGGACGAAGAGAUGGUUGAGGUAGAAGAUUAUGAUUUACUACAUGCAUUAUGA